AUGGACAAUCAAUCUCAGAUAUUUCAAAAGUUUCGCUGUCUCAAAUGUGAACGACGCUUAAAUAAGCCUCUUGAACUACGAUGUAAUCAUUUCAUUUGUCGAGAUUGUCUUGAAACUGUUCUUCGAAAUCAUCGUACAGAUGCGCAAUGUCCGGCUUGUAGUCGUCCUUUGGGUGAUUAUCAAAUAGAAAAUUAUACAUAUCUAUCUCCAAUUCAUUAUAUUUCACGUCUUCUAUCAACGUUCACUGAUGUCAAUGAAUGCCAUACAUGUAAAGAAUUUACAACAGUAAAAUCGUGUUCGGAAUGUUCGAAAGAUCAAUGUCAUUCGUGUUCUGCUAAACAUGAAGAAACACAUUUACAAAUUGAAGAACAGCCAAAUGAAAAUUUAGAGUUAUCCAACGAAGAACUUGAAAUACUUGAGCCAAUCAAAAGUUAUUUAAGUAAAAAAGAAUUUGAAGAUUUUAUUCAAACAGCAAGAAAUCAUGUUGAUCGUGCAAUAUUAAAACAAGAUAAAACAAUUGUCUAUAUUCCGCGUAAUGGAUCAACAGUGAGCGUUGAGAAAACUCCAAUUUGGUCAGACCCAGAAAUAUAUGAUUGGUCUAAACAUGAGCGAUUUAGCGAAUCCGAUAUAAUUAAUAGUAAACCAGAACGUGUCCGGCAAUUACUUCGCCUUGAUUUCAAUCCUCGACCUUAUCAAAUACGAAUGGCACGACCUGGAUUAGCAGGAAAAAAUUCAAUUGUUUGUCUACAAACGGGUUCUGGGAAAACAUUUAUUGCUGCAAUAGUGGCUAAAUUUCUUCAUAUCCGAUCACUUCAAAAUGUGAUUACUCCGUCGUCGAGUUCAACGAGUCGAUUUAAAGCUGUUUUUCUUGUUCCAAUCAAAGCUCUCGUUGCUCAACAAUGUGCCGCAUUCCGACAAGCUUUUAUCGAUCAACCUGAUUCCAUACUUAAACCGAUCGACAAUCAAGUUGGAGAACGAUUUAAAAAUCUCUAUCAACAAUUCGAUAUUUUCUUCUUCACAGUACAAAAAUUUGCGAAUUUUCUCGAAGGAAAACAUGCUGAUCUAACAAAAUUUGAUUUAGUUAUCAUCGACGAAUGCCAUCAUUGCUAUGAUAAUCAUCCGAUAAAUUCUAUGAUGCGUCAAUAUCAUCGCUUAAAAUUAUCCGGUUAUACAGUACCACCAAUCAUUGCUUUAACAGCAAGUGUUGGAACAAAUAAAAAAAAUGCAUUUGAUCAUCUUGUUCAUGUAUGUGCUAAUUUGGAUUGUCUUGAAAUAUGUGCCAUUGGAAAAGGUGUCGAAGAAGAUGAGCUUCGCAAUUCAACGAAUACUCCAUUGAGUGAUACAAUAUUAAGUGUGCCCAAAGAAAUAUCAGAUCCAAUUGUUAAAGCACUUAAAGAUGAUGUUAUGAAAGCAAUUGCUAGUCGUCUAGGAUAUGAUAUAUCUAUGAUGGACAAUCAAAAAUUAGAAACUUUUCUUGCUGUUGAACAUGACAAUGCAUGUAAAAAGAAUGAUCGAGAUGCAAUUAUUGGUUGUGAUUAUCUAAAAAAGUUUCAUCGUUUUCUUAUCUAUUAUGAUGAUUUACCACUGGUUGAAUGCAUACAAUGGUUGAUAGAAGGCUUAAAAGAAUCUACAGCUGGUAAUCCUACACAGUUUGAUAAGUUUUGUCGAAUAAAAUCAGACGAAUUUCUAAAAUUUGUUACCAUACAAAUAUCGAAUUCCAUCGAAGUCAAAGCUAAACUAAAAAAACUUGUCGAAAUGAUUAUUUAUUUGCAUACGGGCAAUUGUAGAGGUUUGGUACUUGUACGUACAAAAUUUCAUGCAGUGUCACUUGAAACAUUUCUUAAUAAGCACUCCGACUUAAAAAAACGUCAAAUCUUCGCGGGACACUUGACUGGCCAAGGUUCUGCAGAAGAACUUUCACUGCCAGGAAAUCAACAAAGUAAAGUUCUUGACGAAUUUCGAAAAGGAACAAAACAAUUACUUGUGGCAACAGAUGUUGCUCAAGAAGGCUUAGAUGUUGCUGAAUGUUCCUAUGUAAUUCGUUAUGAAUUCGUAUCGAAUGAAAUUGGUACAGUUCAAAGUCGCGGACGAGCUCGAGCGUCUCAAAGUAAAUGUUUUCUCAUCACAGAAGCAUUGUCCUUAAAUUAUCAACGUGAAACAGACAAUCGACUAAAAGAAGAAGACAUGAAGCAAGCAAUAACGGAAUGGCGUGAGAAAGGCAUUCAAGAAUUUCGAACGCUUGUACAAAAAGAACAAACUGAUUUAUUAAAGAAUUUAUCUACAAAUGGUCCGCAACCUACAGCAUUAGGAGCUGCACAACCGAAUAAAGAAACGGCAAAAACUAUUCAUUGUCGUUUCUGUGAUACAUUUCUUUGCAGAGGUUCGAGUCUAAGACUUCAAGGUACAACAAUUGUUUGUUUGGAUCCAGCAUUUGAAAAACUUGUCAAUCCACCGAAAUCAGCAGGAGAAAAAGUUGUCUGUCCAAAUAGAACAUGUCACAGAGAACUCGGUGCAGUUAUUUUACUCUCACGUAAUGCACCAGGAUAUGCAUUACAAAUAUCGUCAUUGAAAUUUUUCAUUGGUAAUGAAAUGCUUCCGCGUCUUUUUAAAAAAUGGAGUCAAUAUCAAGGCUAUAUGCAGCCAUUGUGA